AUGGUGCAUGGUGCAACUGCUAAAGGACUCAUCAACCGCAGUAACCCACCACGCCGACCUUUUGUACUAUCCCGUGCAUUUUUUGUUGGUACUCAGCGUUAUGGUGCUAUUUGGACAGGCGACAAUUUUGCAAAAUGGGACCAUUUGGCUAUAUCAACUCCUAUGUUAUUAACUAUUGGUAUUUCUGGAUUGCCAUUUUCUGGAGCUGAUGUUGGUGGAUUUUUUGGUAACCCUGAGCCUGAACUCUUAGUUAGAUGGUACCAAGUAGGGGCUUUUCAACCUUUCUUCCGUGCACAUGCUCACAUAGAUACAAAAAGACGCGAACCGUGGUUAUUUGGCGAUCCAUACACAGGAUAUAUCCGUGAUAUAAUACGAGAAAGAUAUGCAUUAUUGCCCUUAUGGGAUGCCAAUAAUAAGGUAUCGUGUAAUAUCAUUUAUUUGUGUUUACUUUCUUUAACUUCGAUGUCUUAUUGUGUAUUGUAUAUCAGACCUAUAUUUACUGUUUAUCCUGAAGAAGAAGAAACUUAUGCAAUGGACGAUCAAUUCUUUGUCGGUAACUCCUUGCUUGUCAAACCUAUUGUAAACCAAGGUCAAACAUCUACUGAAGUCUAUUUUCCAGGAAAUGAGAUAUAUUAUGAUUAUUUUACUCUUAAAAAAAUUCAUGGAACUGGUAAAGUACAAAUUGAAGCCCCAUUAAACAAGAUUCCUGUCUUUUUACGUGGUGGAUCUAUUGUUCCAAAGCGCCAAAGAAUUCGACGUUCUUCGGCAGCCAUGCGUACAGAUCCUUUUACUUUAUUGAUUGCAUUAGACAAAAAUAGUGAAGCAACGGGCUCUCUGUAUUUAGAUGAUGGCGAAACAUAUGAUUACGAAAAAGGACAUUUCAUUCACCUUCAAUUUAACUUUGCAGCUAGAACACUUACUUCCGAAUCAUUAUCAUUACUUAAGAAUGAUAAAAAUUUAUAUGCAAAGUCAAUUAAUUCCGUUCGUGUUGAACGAAUAAUAGUAUUAGGACUUGAUGUAAAACCUACAAAUAUUUUUGCAAAUUGCAUCGAAGGCACAAAAUUUUCCAAACGGGAAUUACAAUUUGGCUUUGCUGCUACAACUUCAGCUGAUGUAAUUAUUAUAAAAGGCACAGAUUUGUUGAUCACCGAAGAAUGGA